AUGUUAAAGUUAUUAAAAUAUAAUAUUGCAGCAGCAGCAGCUGGAUUACUAGCGUUUGACUUUAUUUACCCAUAAAUAGGAAAAAGAAGUAAUAAUAAUUCGGAGGACAAAAAUGUUGAUGUUUAAAGAAGAGCUAAUUUUCAACCAUUAAAAGAUUUAGAAUGUAAAUUUAGAGAGAUAUUUUUUGAUUUUUAUAAAAUCGAAGGUACUAGAUGGAAAGGACUUUUUUUUGGCUACUCAAAUGAUAAUUAUUGGAUAGAUGGUGCUGGAUAUUAAUUAUCUGAGAACAUAUUUACAAAUCUAAUCAAAACUACACACGAACUUCAUAAUAUGUGCUUAGAAGCUACAGAUAGAGUAUUAAAAGAUGAUCUAUUAUUAAAAGAGGUCUUUGAUAUUCCUAAAGAUAUGUUUCCUAUAAUUCGAAAAUCAUGGGAAAAUAGAUAACUAGAUUUGCUAUCUCGCUAUGACUUUAUUUUAGGGAAAAAUGGGUAAUUAUACUUUUUAGAAGUAAAUGGUGAUACUCCCUCUUGUAUCAUUGAAGCAGGACAAGCUUAAAAGCUAUGGGCUGAAUAGUUCUAACUUCUUUAGUUUAAUAAUAUAGAUUUUGAGAUCAAAUAAGGUUUGUAAAAGAUUAUGGAGUAGAAUGGAAAAUCAAAGCUUUUUAUGCUUUAUAAUUCAAGCUAGGAAGAUAAGUGUACUUUUAAUUAUUUACAUUCUCUAAUUAAACCUAUAUCAACAAAUAUUUCAAUUGACAUAAAAAACAUUUCUUAAAUAGACGAUGUUAUUGAAAAUGAAUUAAAAUCAGAUAACUUUAAAUCAAGUAUUAUUUUGAAGCAAUACCCUUUUGAGUGGUUAGCAUCUGAGUCUACUUAUAAUUUUUUUACAAAUCCUUAAUUUUAUGAUAAUAAAUCAUAAAUAAUGAUUGAACCACCUUGGAAAAUUAUUAUGUCUAAUAAAGCUAUGAGUGUGCUUUUGUAUAACAUGUUUCCCUAAAACCCUCAUUUAGCAAAAGCUAGUCUAGGACCUAUAAGAUACGGAGGUAGCGGUAUUCCUUAAGUAUCUAAGUAAAAAUAUGGAAGGGAAGGAGAUUCUAUAAUUCUUUCUAAUUAUUAUAAAGGUGAUUUUGAAUCUUUCUAAACUGAUUCUUACUAGAAAUUUUCUUCAAAACCCAUAUUUUAAGAGUUUAUCGAUUCUGAUCAUCACUAACAAAGAUACAUUACGCUAAGCUGUUGGGUAAUUUAAGGUAAACCUUGCGGUAUAGUAAUAAGAGAAGACCUGAAUCCAAUUAUUGGAUAAGGAAGCUCUGUUGUUCCUUAUUAUAUUGAAAAAAAAUAAUCAGAAAAUGAAUAGUAAAUAUAAAUAGAUUUAAUUACUGAUACUACUCAGUCUAAUAUUAGGUAAUCACUUUAUGGAAAAGAAGAAUUUAAUUCAAAUACUGACUUGAUUAGAUUACAAGAGAACAUAACUGAAAAAAAGUAGUAUGUUGACCCGUUAUUUCAAAAUAAAAUAAUCAGAUAAAACAAUUACUCCAGUUAUUUAUAGAAAAAAACUGUGAUGAGCUCUACAUAAAAUAAUUAGAUGCACACCUAACUUUUUACUGAUAGGCUUUUAGAUGCAUAAUAGCCUAAUUAAAAUAAGACUACUCAUAGAUAAUCCGCUGGAUCUACAGGAAAGAAGUUUAGUCCUCAUUCCUGA